UGAAGAUGCUAGCUGAGCAUCCACCAGAAGCUGCGCUGAGAGUUGCGUAGUCGCAUCAUCCACAGGCUGGAUAUCAAUGAAGUAGCCUCUAUCUUUACUAUUGCAAAACCUACAUGAACUCCGGUGUGGUUCAGUGAAGACGGUUUACAUUUCAGUGGUUUAUUUGGUUUGUUUAUUUUUUCCUCAUCAUCCAUAUCGGAUCAAGGCGUGUUCAUGUCAAAGACUUUCUGAUUGAUCUGGAGAAAAUAAUUUACAUCCAGGAAUCGUCAAGACUUUCAUCAGAGACAGCAGAAAAGCGGAGACCACCCUUUUUCUCUGGAAAUCGGAAAUAUUGUGGACUUGACUACUGGCAUUAAGGCGCCUCCAUGAAGGGGGCAAGAAACCCGGACCAUUACAUGUAGUAUUUUUAUGGGCAGAGCUGAUUGCCUUGAUUUUUCUUAUUUUUUUUCCCAUCCCUGUGGAUUUUGUGUUCUCGGCGGAUAUGCGUUUUCAUGGAAUUGCACAUUGAGAAUAUACCCUUACUUGAGCCAUACAUGGGGCUCUGCACCUAUUUCAUUUAUUAACAUGCAUUUACACGCAACUGGGAGCAUGGUUUUGAGAAUAUCCACGGAGGAGCAUUACUGACAUUUUUUUAAUUCUUCUGGUAUAUGUUUUAUUGACGCAGACUCGCUCAACGGAAUGUACUGAUUAAAACACAUCAACGUUUUAAGGAUUUUGUUGCUGCCUGAAAAUGGUCGGUUCUACAACAUCAUUCCUGGCUAGCAGUUUUCUCAUGUGAACUGCGCAGAUUUGAUGAGUAGCCCUCCGCCAGUUUUCCCGCACCCAUGCAGAAUGUCUGAAUCCUUAUUUUCUGUUUGCAGACUUUUCACACAGAUAACUGAAAAGAUGUUUGCUCUGUCCGACGCAUAGUACACACGGAACUCAGUUACAGCGAUGCGCACGGCGUAAGUCCAUUUUUAUUCAGCACCCAGUGUGAGACUUUUUAUUUUCAAUAUUCCCAUUUUCCCGGCAACUUUGUAUGUGGACCUAAUUAGGUAUUGGGAGUGCCAUAAUACCAUGAUCAGAUAAAACCAGCCGGUUAAUGAGAUGCAUGCGAUAAAAAGAAGAAAAACAUCAACAGGUACGAUGCACUUGAAGGAGAUGGAUUUUAUACACAUUUUCGUGCUUUUGCUAUGCUGCUGGACUGGUGCGGAUGCUCUGUUCACCCGGACAUACUACGUGAAAGAGGAGCAGCCAGCAUACACGAAAAUAGCCAACCUAACGCAAGAGUUCAUCGACACGAAGUUUGCAGGUGCAAAUCAGUCCGUCUCGUUUCGCAUUAUCUCCAGCUCCGAGCCGAGAUGGGUGGAAAUCGACAAUAUGGGGGUUCUAAAAACCAAGCAGAAAAUCGACCGAGAUGUGGUUUGCCGCCAUACCCCCAAAUGUGUUGUAACGUUGGAACUGAUGUCAAGUAAUAUGGCUAUUUGCGUGAUCAAAAUCGAAAUAGAGGAUGUGAACGACAACGCACCAAGGUUUCCCACAGACCACAUUGAUAUAGAAAUUUCCGAGAACGCAGACCCGGGGACAAGAUUUCCCCUAGAGGGGGCAAGUGAUCCGGAUUCGGGGAGCUAUGGAGUUCAAACCUAUAGCAUCACCCCGAAUGAGCUUUUCGGACUGGAGAUAAAGACGAGGGGAGACGGUUCCAAGUUCGCAGAGCUUGUGGUUGAAAAGCCAUUAGACAGAGAGAUGCAGUCUAGAUAUGAUUAUACCAUUAUUGCCGAGGACGGGGGAGACCCUCCAAAAUCUGGGAGGGUAAAACUGAACAUUAAAGUGAUCGAUUCCAAUGACAACAACCCCGUUUUUGACCAGCCAGUGUAUUCAGUGAAAGUGAUGGAGAACUCUCCCAUCAACACAGUUGUUAUUGACCUGAACGCAACAGACCCCGACGAGGGCACAAAUGGUGAGGUCAGGUACUCAUUUAACAGCUAUGUCAGUGACAAGACCCGAGAGGCAUUCAAAAUUGACACUAAAACGGGUGUCAUCACUGUAAAUGGGCCCUUGGAUUACGAAACGACCACCGUUUAUGAAAUUGACGUUCAAGCCAAAGAUUUAGGCCCAAAUUCGAUUCCGGCACAUUGUAAAGUAAACGUAGAAGUGCUGGACGCCAACGACAAUGUUCCCGUGAUUAACCUCUUACCUGUAAGCAGUGAGAUAGAGGAGGUCAGCGAGAACGCUGGGCCAGAAUAUGUCAUCGCCUUGGUGCGCGUUUUGGAUAAAGACUCUGGUCUGAACGGGAAAGUCAAAUGCAAGCUUUUGGGUAAUGUGCCUUUCAGACUGCAGGAAUAUGAGACAUUUUCCACCAUCCUUGUUGCUGGUAAACUGGACAGGGAGGAAAGAGACAGGUACAACCUCACCAUCCAAGCGGAAGACAGUGGCAACCCUUCCCUGAAAACCACGAAAUCAUUUGCUGUCAAAAUAAAGGAUGAAAAUGACAACCCUCCCCAUUUUACGAAGCCACAUUAUCAGACCAUGGUCAUGGAGAACAACACCCCUGGCAAACAUUUAUUUACAGUGACAGCAAGGGACCCCGACAUGGGCUUAAAUGGCUCUGUGACUUAUUCCAUAGUGGAAAAGAAUGUGCUGGACAUGUCUAUAUCCUCCUAUGUCCAAGUAGGUCCAAACUCUGGCGAGAUUUACGCACAGAGAUCUUUUGACCACGAAAUGACCAGAUCGUUUGAGUUCAACAUCAUGGCCAAAGACCAGGGCCAGCCAUCGCUUAGCAGCACGGCCACAGUCAAAAUAGUCGUGAUAGAUGUAAAUGACAAUAUUCCUUUCAUAACGGCACCCCGUCUAGUGAACGGCACCGCUGAGGUGUCCAUCCCCAGAAACUCGGGUGUGGGAUACCUGGUCACACAGGUGAAAGCCGACGACUAUGACGAGGGUGAAAACGGGAGGCUGACUUACUCCAUCACGGAGGGAGACAGGCCUUACUUCGAAAUCGACGAGAUGAGCGGAGAGAUUCGGACCACGACCACCUUUUUUGACAAGGCGAAAACGACCUACGAGAUCACCGUGAUGACACACGACCACGGGAAGCCGUCUCUGUCCGCAUCCGCCUACAUAGUCAUCUACGUGUCUCCCAACCUGAACGCGCAGGAGUCUAUGGGACCGGUGAACCUCUCCCUGAUCUUCAUCAUCGCACUUGGCUCCAUCGCGGCCAUCCUCUUCGUCACAAUGAUAUUUGUGGCCGUCAAGUGCAAAAGGGAUAAUAAGGAGAUCCGAACAUACAACUGCAGUUUCUUCUACUUGCACAGGGUGGCGGAGUACUCCUACGGCAACCAGAAGAAGUCCAGCAAGAAGAAGAAGCUGAGCAAGAACGACAUCCGCCUGGUGCCGCGCGACGUGGAGGAGACCGACAAGAUGAACGUGGUGAGUUGCUCGUCUCUCACCUCCCCGCUGCACUACUUCGACUACCACCAGCAGACGCUGCCGCUGGGCUGCCGGCGCUCCGACAGCACCUUCCUCAACGUGGAGAGCCAGAACUCGCGCAACGCCGCGCCCAACCACCACGGAGGAGGAGGAGGAGGCGGUGGUCCCGGCGGUGGCGGUCCUGGCGGCGGCGGCGGCUACCACCACACCUUCCCCGGCGGACAGGGCCAGGGCCCGCAGCAGCCCGACCUCAUCAUCAACGGCAUGCCACUGCCUGAGACGGAGAAUUAUUCCAUUGACUCCAGCUAUGUAAACAGCAGAGCACAUCUUAUUAAAAGCACAUCGACGUUCAAAGACAUGGAGGGCAACAGCCUCAAGGACAGCGGGCACGAGGAGAGCGACCAGACCGACAGCGAACACGACGUCCAGAGAGGUCACUACCACGACACGGCUGUCAACGACGUCCUCAAUAUGACUGUCCAGCCCAACGGCGGCCCGCCUGACCAAGAGACCUCGGAGGGCUUCCACUGCCAGGACGAGUGCCGCAUCCUGGGCCACUCGGACCGCUGCUGGAUGCCGCGCGUCCCGGCGCGGGUCAAGUCGCCCGAGCACGGCGGCGGCGGGCGCAACAACAACAAUGUCAUCGCCAUCGAGGCGCCCACCAUGGAGGUCCCCCAUUACGAGACCUGCGGCACGGCCAAAAGGACUUUUGCCACCUUCGGGAAGGAUGGCCCGGACGAGGCUGAGCGGGCCGAGCUGAUGAAGGCCAAGCGGGGUGGCGUUGGCGUGGGCGGCGAGCCCCAGCUGCAAGGCCCGCAGCAGGUGGUCGUGUGCAGCCCCAAGGCCAACGGCGGCUGCAGCGCGGUGGUGGUGGGGGUGCCGGUGCGCGAGGCCGGCAACGGGCGCGAGGCGGUCAGCCCCAUCACGUCCCCCGUGCACCUCAAGAGCCCGGCGGCCUGCAAGGCCCAGCCGCAGGUGCAGCCCGGCGUCCCGGCGCAGCCCUCGUCCGCCUACAACACGCUCAAGUGCCGCGACGCCGAGCGCAUCGCCAACCACAGCCUGCUGCGGCAGCCCGAGGGCAAGGACAGUGAGCCGGCCGUGCGGGAGAUCCACACGCUCCUGCAGGACGGGGGCGGGGUCGUGGGCGGCGGCCGGGACAAGGAGUCCCCUGGCAGCAAACGCCUGAAGGACAUUGUGCUCUAACAGCCCCCCCCCCCCCCCUCCUCCUCUCCUCCUCCUCCAGCACACACCUCUAGAGCUGCUUAUACUCCCUUGUUACCUUGCUCCCGACUUCUACUCCUUCCUUACUCCCCCAGAGCAAUCUUCAAUCCUCCUCCUGCGCCUCCUUCGGAGCUUCUGACUCCUCCUCCUCCGGACUCCGGACUCUGGACUCCGGACUCCUCCUCCUCCUCGGGACUCCUCCUUCUCCUCCUUCUCAGCCUUGGGACAUUACCUCUUCUCUCCUCUCUACCCGGUUGCCACCGCCGCCGUCGCCACGACACACAGCCGCUGUCACCGCCAUCACUGCUGCUAUGCAUAAACACACAACCACAUACACACACACACACGUGGGUGCACCUCUGUGUGCUUUAUGUGAGUGAGACUUGUUUAUAUGUGAAUGUGAGAGAGAGAGAGAGAGAGAGAGAGAGAGAGAGAGAGAGAGAGAGAGAGAGAGAGGGGGAGAUAGACAGUGUGUGCAUGUGUAUGUGUGUGUGUGUGUGAAAAAAAGAGCGUGAGAGAGCAAGUGACUCACAGAGAGAGAUGGAGAGACAGAGAGUAUGGAUGUGGAUGUGUGUGCACACAGGAGAGAGCAUGGAAAUGAGGAGACAGAAAAAAAGAGAAACUGGAGGUAAACGAGAGGACACUCGUCUGCAGCAAAACAUUCCCUACAGCGGCACCGUGGAUGGACCAGGGUGACGGGAGAGGCGGAGAGAGGGAUAGAGAGGCGGCGAGAAGAGAGAUGUUAGAUAUGGAGAGAAAGAGAGAGAGAGAGAGAGCGAGAGAGAGAGACAGACAGACAGAGCGCGGAUGAUGGGAAGAUGUGCUGAGCUGAAAAAUGUGUCCGAGCGCUUCAAGGGCCGUCGUCGUGGCUUCCUAGUAAUGGCAGUAGCUACUUGUGAUUUUUAUUUCCACCUUUUCCGUGUUUCUCAUUUUUUUCCGUUUUUUUAUUUCAUUUGAUUUGAUUUGAAUCACAGCUUGGUGGUGAACAGAUAGAGGGCUUAUUGUGUACUGUGUGACAUGUCCUGAUGCCCUUUGCUUACUACGUACUUCUGCGCCUGCUCUGGAAGGGGACUCCUGUUGCAAGAACUGAUGGGACACUUGCUGUUGAGGAUAACUGCUUUUUUUAUUUGACUGACAAUGGAGCACACAGUCAUGCCUUUUCAGACUUUGGAGAAAAUUCCUUUCUGAUAAUGCCUUUUUGGUACGCGGUUUUGCUUCGGCUGCCAAAAUCAGACUCUACUUCUUCUCUCUUCUUCGAUCGCUUCUAGUUCUGGAGAACGAACUUUUUUUCCGUGUUUGUUUGGACAACAGCAACAGUUGGCGGGAUUUGGUUAUUAUGUCCUUCUUUUUUGUUUUGUUUGGGGGACUCAUUUGCUGGAUAUCAACCCGAACAAACGCAAAAAGAACGAAGCAUGAGCCCCAUGGCUUCUCAACGUGCGCUUCUCCGUUCAGAUGGGAAAUCUGGAGAAAAAAAAAGAAACAGUCCCCCCAUGCCUAUCUCAUUCCAUUUCUCUCUUUCUUUUCUCUCUGACUUUCUCAUUUGUCCGAUAAGACAUUCCCCACUCCCCCACCUCCUCCUCCUCCUCCUGCGUUUCCCUAAAGACAUGCCCGUAUCAGUAACUGUGAGGUCUUUGCAGUAUUUAUUUUAUAUCACUGAUGGAGCUAAAUGAACUUUCACUAUCAGCUGCCAGAGGGGCCCAGAAGGACUGAAAGAGGAAGAUGGAUCCCUCCAACCUUAACGGAGAAAUAUACAUAUAUAUAAAUAUUAUAUAUAUAGAACAAAAAAAAGAAAAACGGACUCAUUGUUUUUUGAAAUCUCCUGUGCCCAUUCUUGAUUGUAGCCAGUGGAGCGCAGUUUAAUAGAACAAUGUGCUCUGGUCUUGUACUUUUUUGGAAUUUUGACUAUGGGGCUAGGAUAGUAGGGGUCGUCACUACGUCUUGCUAUGUGAAACUCUGUUUAGGGUUUACUUAUCAUUUUUAAUAACCUGUUGUUAUGUGACAAUCCCUUUAAUGUUUUGUUGCAAGAGUUUAAAAAAAAAAUAAACAUUGGUGUUCAACUAAAGCUAAAGUAGCGUUUGUUACACAAACACAAAAGGAAAAAAGAUAUAUGCCAAAAUAUAUUUUAUAAAUAAUUUAAAAUGUAUAAUGAGAAUAUUUAAUGCUGUGUAGUUAUUUUAUCAGUAAGUUAUACUUGAAAUCAAUUGGCUUUUCUUUUUUUUCCCUUUAUUAUUUUUUUGGCUUUUUAUUGACUAUGAUUUUUCAAUUGAACUUGGAUUUUUUUUUUGUUCACUGUGUUCCCCUGGCAACUGUUGAUUGCAGUCUACCUUGUUGUAAAGAGUUUCUUAUUGGUCAGUUCUUGUGCCAUCAAGUUUCUGUGUGGGCAAAAAAAAACAGACAAAAAAGACAAAAAAAAAAGACAAAACAAUUUCAGCACCAACAGUAGUGUGUCAGUACAACGAGCUUAGAGUGAGGUAGCAAAAGAAACCAAAAAAAUGUGGCAAAAAACAGAGUCCUUACAGAUAGCAGCAGGUCAUUGUUUUCAAUUCUUUAUAUUUAAGUAACUCGAAAGGUAAAGCUUGCUCUUGUUGGAGAUAGCGAGACGGUUCCAUCCAUAGUAUAGUAUCUGGGCGACUGUUUUGAGGGGGUCCUGACCUCACCCUCGGUUCCUCAUCCUCUAGCUCACACUCUGCCAUUCGGAGGCAGGGCCGGUGGAGGAACGCGGGCUCCAGACGUGAGUGGUUGGUUUUGGGUUGACCUUUGACCUGUAGACUUCUCUUUGUUUUUUUUAGCGUGGGAGUCACUCUGUGUGCCCCGCCCACUCUGCCAUUCAAGAAGCCGCCUCCCCCAUCCAACCCCUGGCCUGCCCCGCCCCGUCUCCACUCUCCCCUCCACUGAACACACUCUAAUCAAACAGCCGAUCGAAUGUUGUGUUGAACAGCAGCAAGACCAAGCAGGUUUUCAUAACACUGACAUGAAGUGCGGUGGAAUGGAGACUUUCGAGUUUAUCUGAAGAAAAGAAGGCCUUUUUGUUUUUCGAGGAAAACAUCUUUGCAAAUCAGUACCCAAAUCCCGGGUUUCUCGGUUGCUUUUGCAAUAUUCCGUCUAAUUUUGUUCUUUUUAAAAUACUAUUAUUUUUUACUUUCAAACAAUAAUGUGGAAACAACAACAAAAUGACAAACAAAAAGGGUUAAAAAAUUGCAUACAUUUGAAAUAGGUCGUGUAGCUGAAUGUUUUUGCUGGUCUCUCUCACCAACAGCUUCUGGCAACAUGAAAAUCGGAAUAAUCACUGAAUGUAUA